CUUGAGGUUGUGGAAUUUUAGUUUCUGUAUUUAAUCAAAAUAAUUUUUUAGACCUAAUUGAUAUAAUAAACAGUUUUUUCUGAUUUUCUUGAGUUGUCUAAUCAUUUUUAGAAUCUCAACCUUAUUUUUUAUACAUUUCCGUAUUAGUAAAUGUUUGUAUUACUUUUGUAGAACUAUUUUAUAUUUACAAAACUUUGUUUAAUCACAAAGAGUUCUUCCUUUAAUAUUAUAAAAAUCUCUAUAUCGGAUUUUUAUAAUAUUGAGUUUUGUUUCCAUAUUUUAUAUGAUUCUAUAAUGAUUUUUUUCUAAUAAAUUGACAUGAACUAUAGAUUGUAUAUCUAUGUGUUUAGAAAAUGUAUCAAGUUUUAAAAUGGCGCAAUCAGCUGCUUUUUAUUUAAUGUGCUUGACUCUUUGUUUUCAUAUAAUUUAUUGUUUACAUUUGACAGCAUUGCAAUUAUGUUUAAAAGGUCUUGUUCACAAAGAUGGUUAUUGGCAUUUCUUUAGCUAGUGAUAUACUGCAAGAACUUGACUAUCUACUAGAACCUUCUAUUGGACCUUGUGGUAAAGAGGUGUUAUUAAAAUCAAAUACAGGGACACUCUUUUCAACAAGUAAUGGCUGUUCAAUACUUAGACAUCUUAAUUUUUCUCAUCCUGUGGGAACGAUGAUCAAAAGUUCUGCAGAUAAGUUUAUUUUAAAAUAUGGAGAUUCUUCAAAAAGUUUUAUCAUUUUUUUAUCUGGCUUAAUCAGAUCUUUUUGUAAGUUACUUCAAAAUUGUUUAAAAAAAGUAGAAAUGCUAUCUGAUGUAUCUCAAUUUUUGCUAAAAAUGAGAGAAUUAUAUUCCUUUGAGAUUAUGCGCACUUCUUCGUAUAAUGAAGGACUAUUACUAGUUUUACCUGCUAAUGAUCUUCCAUCAAACUUUUUACGCGGCAUCUUUGAUUCAUUUAUGUCAGGUAAAUUUAAUUGUGAAACCAAAGAAUUUUUAUUUGGUAUUUGUCAAGGUAUUAUCGAUUCUUUUCAAUUUUCAAGAACAAGUUUAAGAUUUUUAGUAGACAAUUUUGAUAAUAUUUGCAUACCCCUGUGCGGUAUAUCUUUUACCCAGUCACAAUGUCUUGAGGGUGUGAUAGUACAAAAAGAAAGUUUUCCAAAGCAAGUGAACAUAAGCGAAUGUUUUUUUAUUUUAAUAUCUGGAAAACUGAAACGCAGUAAAUUAAAUAGCUUUGAAACAUGUUUAAAUGAAAAAUUCACAGUUGAAAUGCGUGAGGCUGAAAAGUAUACCUUUUUCCAGCAGUUAGUGUCUACAUUAAAGGAAAACAACAUUAGGCUUAUAUUUUUUGAAGAGCAAGUUCCAAAAUCAUUUCAAAUGUUGUUAGAAUUAUCAGAUAUUGUUUAUGUACCAUACACUCAAUCCUGUGACCUAAAGCGGUUGGCAAUGUUAUAUAAAAUUUCUGUUAUAUCUGGUUUAUAUGAUAUUUUCAAUAUUGAUAACAAAACAUGUAUAGGUAAAGCAAAUUGGUUUCGUUCGUGUAUUUUAGGACGCUAUACUUGUUGUCAUCUUGGGCCAUCUGCUGAUAGCAAUAAAUAUUUACAAGUGCUUCUAUGUAACAUAUCAGAAGGUGUUUGUUAUGAGUAUGCUUCAGCUCUGAAAAACUUUUUUCUAUCACUUCUUUCAACAUUCUUUUCAGAAGAAGAAUGCUAUCUAGUGCCAUCUUGUGGAUCAUUUGAGUUGACAUUAGCACAGCAUAUAUUGAGUUCAAGUGGUCAGUUUAAUACCGAGUAUCUAAAAAUUGUAGCAGAUUCUUUAAUUAAUCUUCCUAGAAUUCUUAUUUCGAACUCGCAUCAUGUUUCAAAAUCUGUUAUUUUGAAUUGCGACGUUAUUUCAAGUUUAAAAGAAAAACAUUAUGCUGUUGACGGUCUUACUGGUAAAAUAGUACUUUCAAACUCAAUACAUCUAUAUGAGUCAUUUAUAAGCAAAUGUAGUAUGUUUUCUUCUGUUUUAGAACUUUGUGCUCAAAUUGUCAGAAUUGAAAUUUUUGUCCCUGUAAGUAAAGAGUUACUGGAACAAAAAAACCUUACAGACUCUGGUUGAUAGUUUAUUAGAAGUCUAUUAUGGUUAAUCCUUUUAAUGUUAUUUGAAAAAAUAAAAAUAU